GAUCAGGAGUGAAAUCGCACGACCCCCGGCCAUCACCCGAUCGACUUGGCUGCUUGGCUGUAACUAAACCCUACCCUCACUCUCACUCUCACCAUCUCGCAGGAUUAUACAGACUUUCACGAAAAUGUUAUUUGAUAUACCAGCAGAAUUGACAGAGCAUAUCAUAAAACAGUUGAAUAGCCGUUGCGAUCUCGUACGUUUGGGGUCAACAUGCAGGCAGGCGCGCGCCGCAUGCCAGCCGCGAAUCUUCCUUAAUCUGAAGGUUCGAGUCGGUUGUCAAUCUCAAAACGACCGAAACAUGUCCCUUCUCAAAAGUCUUUCACGAGGAAAGACAGACGUAGCAAAAUACGUGCAUAAAUUAUCUAUCUUCACAAUCUUCUCACGCCGCUACGACUCCCGCCGUUCUGAGUUGUCAGAUGCCUACAACAGGACGGCUCGUACGAAGGCGCGUGGAUUGGAAAAGAUGAUGAAGCUCAUUGUUCGUGUGAUCCCGCAGUUUGUCUCCCUGGAAUAUUUUCACUGUGAUUUGGAGCCUUCAGGAGGUUACAAGCUUACCGAUGUCGACAUUAUCGUUCGAGCUCUGGCGGGCCUAUCACACCUUGCUAGUUUGAGCCUUGAUUUUGGCCAUGGCCCCUUCCUCUUGGUCCCGCCUUAUCUCACUAGGACCUCUUUGAGCCAAUUCAAAACCCUUCAUUCUGUGGAGAUAUGGGGAGAAGCCAGUUCCUAUGAGACUGUCCUCGCGGAUCCGCACUCGUGACAUCACUGGGUGAGAUCCAGGCCCUGUACGACAUUCCCGUUCUCCCUAUUACCAGUAUUUGCAUUGGGUGUUCGCUCGACGCUACCAUCCCGCAAUUCCUUCCUCACCUUCGCCA